AUGUACGCAGAUUUUGAAAAAUCUAUACAUAUGGGUGCAAGAAAUGUUUGGAGAGAUAUUAUUACAAAAGGUUGUCGGUUUCAUCUGGGACAGGCAUGGUGGCGAAAAGUACAGAAUCUUGGUUUAAGUAUUCAUUAUUGUGAUGAUGUAUCAGAAAUAGGACAGUUUUUAAAGAAUAUAUUUGGAUUACCCAUGCUGAAUGAACACGAUAUUGAAAUAAGUUUUACUGAAGAUUUUAUGUCUAUCAAGCCUGAUGAUGAAAAACUAAAUCAGUUUAUUUAUUAUCUCGUAGAAAACUAUAUUGAUCCACAGUCAGAUUUCCCUCCUCACACAUGGGCAGAAAUGAGCAGUAGCAGUGAACGAACAACAAAUGCGUGUGAAAGCUUUCAUUCUAAAUUUAAUUCAUGCUUUUACACCCCACAUCCGGACAUAUAUUCCUUCUUAGAAAUAUUAAAAAAAAUUCAAAUAGACACAAACAUUUUAAUACAAACUUCUAAUCAAAUACCUAAAAAAAAUAGAUCAGUCAACGAAAAAAAUAUUUAA